CUAUUGGUAGCAAAGAAUCGCCUGCAGCAUCUCCUUCGUCGCCAUCUUCUUCAACGUCUUCUCCUGCAUUUUCUUCAACAUCUUCAAAGACGCUCGCAGGACCAAGCGCUGACGCAGAGCACGAACUACAGCACGACGCACAGCUGGGACUGUGCAUCUUCGAGGAUGAGGAGGAGGAGAUCGAGCCGCAUCUCCGACAGCAUGAACCUUUCGGCAGUGGUGACGCUGAGGCCACUGAGACGGACAGCGCUGGCGGGUUUCUGUUGGCAGGUCUGACCUCUGAUGAGGAAACGACGGCGGAGCAUGCGCCUCUGGACAUGCUUCAGGCGCUGGACCAGCCAGUUCGCAGCAUGUCGCGCAUGG